AUGGCGAAGUCAACCCUCCUCCUCGGCGGUCUCGCUGCCCUCAGCGGCACGACGCUCGCACAGUCAAACUUCCCAGACUGCAGCAGCUCGGGUCCAUUGGGGAACAACUCCGUGUGUGACACGUCCUUAGACGUCGUGAGCCGUGCCAGGGCACUCGUUGCGAUCCUUAGCACCGCAGAGAAGAUCAACGCCACCAUCAGUGCAUCCCCGGGUGUACCUCGGCUUGGCCUCCCCCCAUACGAAUGGUGGUCCGAAGCGCUGCACGGUGUCGCCAACUCCCCCGGCGUAAGCUUCAACACGGAGAACGGAGGCGACUUUGGGUACGCCACCUCGUUUCCGCAGCCCAUAACCCUCGGGGCAGCCUUCGAUGAUGCCCUCGUGCACGCGGUCGCGACCGUCGUCUCCACCGAGGCCAGGGCGUUCAGCAACGCCGGACGCGCGGGUCUCGACUUUUGGACGCCCAACAUCAACCCGUUUCGCGACCCGAGAUGGGGCAGGGGGCAGGAGACGCCCGGCGAGGACCCUUACCACCUGAGCAGCUACGUGAAGGCCCUCAUCGCCGGGUUGGAGGGCACCGGAGACCCUGCGAGCAACAAGGACGGCAAGUACAAGAAGGUGGUGUCGACGUGCAAGCACUUUGCAGGGUACGACGUCGAGAGCUGGAACGGCAACUACAGGUACCAGUUCGACGCGUCCAUCUCGACGCAGGACAUGGUCGAGUACUACCUGCCGCCCUUCCAGGCGUGUGCCCGCGACGCAAAGGUCGGCGCCUUCAUGUGCAGCUACAACGCCGUCAACGGGGUGCCGACGUGUGCGGACGACUGGCUGCUCAACGACGUGCUCCGCGACCACUGGAACUGGACCGGCGGGAACGACGACGGCUUCUGGGUCACGUCGGACUGCGACGCCAUCCAGAACGUCUUCCUCCCGCACCGCUGGUCGACCACCCGCGAGGCGGCCGCGGCAGACUCUCUCAAGGCCGGGACGGACCUGAACUGCGGGACGUAUUACAGCCACCACCUCCAGGGUGCAUAUGAUCAAGGUCUCAUCAACGACACAGACCUGGACACCGCAGUGACUCGUCUCUACGGCAGCCUGGUCAAGCUUGGGUAUUUCGACCCCGCCGAUUCGCAGCCCUACCGCUCGCUGGGCUGGGAGGACGUCGGCACCCCCGAGGCCCAACAACUCGCCUACACGGCAGCAGUCGAGGGGACGGUGUUGCUCAAGAACAACAACACACUGCCCCUCAGCCUGGAGGGAAAGAAGGUCGCCGUCGUCGGAGACUGGGCCGCCGCGACGGCACAACUUCAAGGAAAUUACCACGGCGUGGCGCCCCACCUGCGCUCACCGUUGUACGCCGCACAGCAGCUCCUGGGCAACGACUCGGUCUUCUACUCAGCCGGCCCGGGGUACCAGGACCCAACCACCAACAGCUGGGACUCCAUCUGGGAGGCAGCGGACGCCGCGGACGUCAUCCUGUACUUCGGGGGCAUCGACGAGGACACCGAGGCAGAAGGGAUGGACAGGGUGAGCAUCGCAUGGGCGGGCUCGCAGCUCGACGUGAUCGGCGAGCUGGCCCUGCUGGGGAAGCCGAUGGUCGUCGUCGAGCUGGGCGGCGGGCAGCUCGACAGCUCCCCCGUCGCGGCCAACCCGGGCGUCGGCGCCCUGCUGUGGGGCGGGUACCCGGGCCAGGACGGCGGCGUCGCGAUCCUGGACGUCGUCACGGGCAAGGCGGCGCCCGCGGGGAGACUACCUGUGACGCAGUACCCGGCGAGCUACGCCGCCGCCGUGCCCAUGACCGACAUGGCCCUGCGGCCUGACGCGGGGGCGGGCUUCCCCGGCCGGACGUACCGGUGGUACGAGGGCGAGGCCGUGUUUGGGUUUGGGUACGGCUUGCAUUAUACCACUUUCGACGCCGAGAUCAGUCUGUCCGGGUCGGGGAGCAGCUUCGACAUCGGCAGCCUUGCCUCGAGCUGCACUGAAGAAUACCUCGACCUGUGCCCGUUCGCCUCGGUGUCCACAAGUGUCACAAACACAGGCAACGUCACAUCCGACUACAGCGCCCUGCUGUUCCUCAAGGGCGACUUCGGACCAGCGCCGCACCCCCUGAAGACCCUCGUCUCGUACGAGAGGGCGCACAACAUCUCCGCGUCCGACUCCGCGCAGCUGACGCUCAACCUCACCCUCGGCAGCCUGUCCCGCGUCGACGACAACGGCAACAGGGUCCUCCACCCGGGCUCCUACAGCCUGCUGCUCGACGUCGAGCCAGGCCUCGCGGCCCUCAACUUCACCCUGACGGGCGAGGCGAAAACACUGGACGAGUGGCCCGCAGCCCCGGCAAGUCGUAGCGGCUCGGGGUCGGGCGAGGUGCCGGCGGGCUACUUCGUGGGCGGGUACGGCAGCGUCAACGACGCAGGUGGUGGGCAGUCGCCGCUCGGCGAUUAA